AUGGUUAUUGGCUCGCAACCCUCCAAGGCGCUACUGGAGACUCGUAUAAAUAGGCAGAGAUGCUCUACUCUAUGUGAAGUCGGCUGGUCCUCUCAUGGACAUUCCUAUCCUCGUCAUGGCUGGGCUAAACGGGUCCCUGUGGUUGAUCGCUCCCAGUUGAUUGAGACAAGAGACGGAGCGAGGGACUUGGGUUUCUUCUCAGGGGGACCUGACAGCAAGGCUCUGGUCCCUUUUGCAUCCUGCUCCCAUGAAAGGAUUUCUAAUAGAGCGAGCCUAUCAGGUGCAUUCUGCAACCGCCCAACACUUGCUGGGUUCAUGCUUGGGGCCCAAGUUGAAAAUUUGUAUAUACUAUUUGUGUACACACAACGGGGCAAAGCGUUCAUGUCCAGGCAAGGUAGUGCGACAUAA